CUGUUCGGUUGUUGUUGUUCGGCUGCUAACAGUUACAGCGGAUCAAGUUCAUAUACUUAAUUGAUGAUAUCAUUACAAGAUAAGUAAGUGUUUUGUCUAAUAGAUCAUAUACUUAAUCUGGAAAGAAAAAAAUCCCUGAUCGUAUCCUUUCUACUUACAAGAACAGUAAGUUUAGCCAUGAUAUCUGUAGGAAACGAAAGUUGGUGGUAUUGAUAUACAUGCACAACAUCGGAGGACACUGGACAUUUCUCUUGUUGAAGAGAAUCCAUCAAGAACCAUUGGUGCAAUAUCUUGUGACAUUUUUCACAAAGCUUUUCUUGACACUUGAAGUUUCUCAGUCAUGAAUGACAGCGUAACGACGAUAAUGUACAAUGCCCUGUUUUAUUCUGUACUGGAAAAAAAUGACAAUGUGACAUCAUCUGUAAUGGCGAAUAUAUCAAACAUUACAACCACGGAUCAUCCUCAGAGUGAUGUCAUCUACUUUCCCCACCCAGAAGAAAUGUUAAUACCAUGGAUGACUAAUUCAUACUUCCCCUUUAUCAUGACAACUUAUAUCAUUACGUUUAUUAUUGGUGUCACUGGAAACAUCGUUGUCAUCGCUGUCAUGACUUGUGACAACUCCUCCAGGAAUGUCACCAGCAUCUUCCUUGUCAGCCUGGCCGUUGCUGACCUUCUACUCCUGGUUAUAUAUGUCCCUCUAGAUGUCGCUCAUUACUUUGUCAUACAGUGGGAUAAAGAUGGUACAAUCUGUAAGACUGCAGCUUAUGCCGAGACGGUUUCUGCUUUCGCUUCCGUUUUCAACCUAAUGGCAGUAACACUUGAAAGGUUUGUGGUGAUCGUGUUCCCCAUAAAGUCUCGCUCUCUCUGCACCAUGGGGAACUGUAAGCAGUUGGUGGUUGUAGUGUGGAUUGUAUCCCUGCUGCUGUCGCUUCCAGUAAUUGCUAGUAAGAGCACUGAAGAAACAACCAUGACCAAUUAUGAGAUCACCAUUACGCUAUUUUCUUGCAAAGAGCAGAAAGAUUGGCGAGGAUUAGCUGUGGCUAUUUACCGUUUGGUAAUACUCUUUAGUCUCCCAUCAGUUUUAAUGAUCAUUUGCUACACCUGGGUGAUCAUUGAGUUGUGGAUCAGCACAAAAACUAUGGAUGAACUGACAAAUCAAAGCAGGUUAUCAAGAUGCUGAUUCUCGUGGUAUUUCUGUUCUUGGUUUGUUGGGGCCCACGUUUAGCCCUAGAGAUCUGCAUUACUUACGGCGUGGAAAACUUCAACCACUGGAUUUAUACAGCUCGUGUUGUUUUCUUUCUGCUACCUGUUGUUCACAGCUGUCUGAACCCUAUUGUUUAUUGCUUCAUGUCCACCAAAUUCCGUCGCCGAAUGAUCAGAUCGUUGGAGCGCUCCUGCAGAGGGCGCUGUCUUUGCUUACUAAGAAAACGCAGUCAACGCCUCAAGAUGACGAUGAAGAGCUCUGUUUCAAGAAAUGGGACCAUUCGCACCGGAUCUACUUAUACCUUUACAUCAUUUACUACUUCAGCAGCCUGCAGUCCAUCUGGAGAGAUAGUCCAGCCGAGAGCCAUGAAUAUUAGGUCCAUAACCUAGUGAAGUACUAAGGUAUCCUCGAGAUGCGAUUUUCAGACUAGUAGUUUAUCAGAAAACUACAACCCAUAGGUAAUACGAUACAUCAGUGUUCCAUUUUACACAUUGUGACGUAUAUGUUUUCCAUCCAGUGUUAUUAUUAUUGUUGUUUCACGUUGUUGUAAGUCGCCUUCUAGUAAAUUUAGUGAUUCGCGACUGGCACUUGAAAUAUGAGAUCGUCUGAUUCAUUAUGUUAUCAAGCUACGCCGCAUGUCGUAUGUCAGAGUUUGAUUCUGAUCCAACCAGGAAAGAUAACAGCAUCGUAGACCAUCUAAGCUUUGUCGAUAGGAGGUAUCGAUUCAUUUUUCAUUAAGUGACAACGGCUCAUGAAAACUGAUAAAGCGCUGUUUCAAUUGCUUUAAUGUCAUCUUUAGAACAUCUCCAGCUAAGGGUUACAAACAGUGUGUUCAUAUCAUUCUGUAGGAAUUGAUGAAGAGAUGAUAAACUCAUCCAUGAAUGAACAACAUGAUAAUCUAAUGAUUGAAGUAUAAAAGGUUUCUCAUUAUAACAUCUGGUUUCAUCACAUUCUGUUUCCUACAUUCAUUUCAUUACGACAUGUCAGGAUAUCCUUGAGUAUUCCUGUUGUCUUAAAUGUAUAGUCUGUUAUUGAUUUCAGAUCAAUAAAUAAAUAUAUUUAUUCGUUUUCCGCGUGAAAAAACUACGUGAAGAUGAAUGUUUUUCGUACUUUAGAUUGACUAAAAGUGUUAUAUUUGGUCGGAUUACUCAAAAUCAUGUAGAAGUAGAGUAUAAAAACACGACAAAUCAAAGACUUCAUUACCCGGGUAAGGAAAGGCUGUGGAUUGGUUUCAUAUAGGUAUGAAGGACCUUACUGAGUAAAGUUGGAAAAUCAGUGUUCAUGACAUCCCAGUAAUUAUUUAUUAUUACUACAGUGUGUUGUUUAAUGUCAGAGUAACGACUUCAAGGCAUUAUGUAUUUGCUUAUCCAAUUGCAAAAUAUUUAUGGGAAAAAAUCACCCUUGUCCUGUUCUUUAAUAAACACAGAGCGAAAUAAUGUUAUAUUGAUCUGUGAUCUUUAUUUUUCUAACGUUUUAAUCUUUUGGUUGGACGAUGUCUUCACAAACAUUUUUAAACUGUACUAUAACAUACACGUAAGAUCUACACGUGUGUUGAGAACUCUAAUAAACUCUAAAUGUUGCAUAUUUUUGGAACUAUAAAAGGAUCAAUCCGUGGUUGCUCAUAGCAACAGUGUUUGUUCGGACUUUUUGCUAAGUACUCUGAAAAUGUUAUGAUCUUCUUGAGAAGUAACUUCCAUUAACCUAAGUUAACAAUAUCACCAUACAGGAAAUUAUACGCUUCCUUUGGAUAAAUGUACAGGCUCUGUUUAACCAUGAGUCAAGAAGUACAGAGCUUUUAAGAUGUGACAAAAGAGUUAUAAUGUUACCCUGAGUAUUUUACGUGUAUUUUUUAACGUUACCAAAACAUUUGGGAGUUAUCAACACUACCAUUAAAGGAACACUGAUAAUAUCGUAUUUUCACAGAUAGGUGACGCUUUUAUAGUGCAUAGACUAAAGAGUUGAACAAUAUCAGUAACAGUUAGUCCAUCAGCUCUUGUUACGAAAUACACCAAAGCUUAAUGCUGCACUAUUCACCGGCUUCCAUUGCGAAAACAAACUGGUGAAACAAACGCAAGGAAGACUUAGAAUUGUGUAUUUUAUACGGAUUUUCUCCCAGGAGUUGAGCUGUAAGGUAAGGUUACGGACUUACAACACUAAAUACCGAAAAUAUAUAGCCUAUUGCAUAACAAAGACGUCAGAUUUUUCAAUAAAAGAUCGUGAAAUGAGGAACAUAACUGUGUAAGUGUUAUUUCGGAAUGAUUGCAGUUUUGUUUUAUAUCGUUUGGUAGCACCAAAAAUACGAUUGUGACGAAUAGAAAAUUCAGGUUAUGGCACAUGUAGAUAUAAAACAACACUUCAGGGCCUUAAGCCUGGUGGUAGCCGUUGAAAUUCCUGUCAGUAAAAAAAAAAAAGCACGAAAACUGGAAGUUCGCUUCUAUACUAAACAAUGCCAUUGAGUUCAAAAAUACUUAAUCAUCAAACUAGUCUGGAAAAUUAACAGUAUUUGAUUGUUUCAACUUCCUGCUGUAUUUCGAGGUCGAGAACUAUACUCUACUAUAACAACACAAUGCUAGGAGUACAACAAUAGCUCUGUGUUGUAACAAUGAAGAAGGGGCUUCAAGACUUUAAGUUUUCUUUGUGACAACUUCACAAUUCUAGGAGUACAACAGUACUUCUGUAUUGUAAGUCACUUCUAAUCAAACAAACACGAUGAAGACGAUACUUCAAGAUUGAGAACUCUACUCAGGAACAAGAUCCCAUGUCUAGGAGUACGACUCAGUUUUAACUCAUUCCCAGUUAAAAACGACAACAACAGCAAAAAUACAAGAUGUUUUCUUCAACUUAACAAUAUCUCUGAGUCUGAUAUAAAUAUCGUAAUAUCAAACUACGACCUAAAACAAUACGUCACUUCUGAGUCUUAACACUAUAGUAAAAAAUGCUCUGAAUUCAGUUGAGCAACAAUAUCUGGAAAAAAUUGAAGCUUCCUUGUUGCAUUUGUUUUUCUGGAGGAAUUUUUACAUUUCGACAAUGUGAAUGCUAAAGAAUAUCUUAUGAAGGUUUUAAUGACCUUAUUCUGUGUUUAAAGCCAUAUCGUAGAAAACGAAAUACUUCUAAAAUAAAUUGUGUUAUGUGUUUGUGGGCUAUUACUGUUUUAUAUUCUCCUCAAGACUUUAUGUUAUUCAUCUAUUUAUUUAUUUUAAAUAAUGUUUAUUAUGUAUAAAUGUCUGUAACAAAUGGUAAAGAAAAUGGCCACGUACAGUGGCUUGAAGAAAUGCCUGUAAGACCCAGAUUUUGGCACUAUUGUUGUUAAAGCUGGGUUGUUGUUGUUGUUUUUUCAGCUAGGCUUACGUGUAUCUUUUUGCCUGGCUUCUUACAGUAGAAUUUGUUAAAUUUGCAAGUGUCUCAAUUUCUUGAAAAGUAUUAUCAAAAUGAUAUAAAUAUUUGUGUAAAUAUGAAAGUAACUAUGCUAGUUUAAUAUCUAGUUGGUUUUAUUAUUUGAUUUGGAGCUAAAUAAGCAUGUGCCGGUUGGGGUAUUAAUGAGAAUGUGGCCGUGUUGUGUAGCUACUAGGAUAUUCAAACUAAAUAUGUGCUGGUUAAGUUAUUAGUGAGAAUGUGGCCGUGUUGUGUAGCUACUCGGAUAUUCAAACUAAACAUGUGCCGGUUGAGUUAUUAGUGAGAAUGUGGCCGUGUUGUGUAGCUACUAGGAUAUUCAAACUAAACAUGUGCCGGUUGAGUUAUUAGUGAGAAUGUGGCCGUGUUGUGUAGCUACUCGAAUAUUCAAACUAAACAUGUACCGGUUGAGUUAUUAGUGAGAAUGUGGCCGUGUUGUGUAGCUACUCGAAUAUUCAAACUAAACAUGUGCCGGUUAAGUUAUUAGCGAGAAUUUGGCCGUGUUGUGUAGCUACUCGGAUAUUCAAACUAAACAUGUGCCGGUUGAGUUAUUAGUGAGAAUGUGGCCGUGUUGUGUAGCUACUCGAAUAUUCAAACUAAACAUGUGCCGGUUAAGUUAUUAGCGAGAAUUUGGCCGUGUUGUGUAGCUACUCGGAUAUUCAAACUAAACAUGUGCUGGUUAAGUUAUUAGCGAGAAUGUGGUUGUGUCGUGUAGCUACUCGGAUAUUCAAACUAAACAUGUGCCGAUUGAGUUAUUAGUGAGAAUGUGGCCGUGCUGUGUAGCUACUCGAAUAUUCAAACUAAACAUGUACCGGUUGAGUUACUAGGGAGAAUGUGGCCGUGCUGUGUAGCUACUCGAAUAUUCAAACUAAACAUGUACCGGUUGAGUUACUAGGGAGAA